AUGGUUUUGGCCAUGGCGUCUCAGGAUGCUCAGAACUUCUUCCAGCCUCUCUCUUCCUGGAUAUCUCGGGUUUAUGAAGCUCUCCAGCAAGCAGGAGAUGUGCUAUCUGCUUCGCUGGUUAACGUAAGCAAACAAGACUCUAAAUUGAGUGACAAGCUAGACCAGGACUUAGAUGAUAUUCCUUUUCAGGAAGCUUCCUUUGAAGAUGAAGAACAAGGCAAUGAUUGGCGUCAAGAGGAUGCAAAUCCCUUGUUUCUUGAAGUGGAUCAUUUCUCCUGUUGUAAUAGUGAUUUGCAGGACUCUGCCCAAAGUUCAAGCCCCAGACUUAGGCAACAUGCAAAGGACUCAUGUUCCAUAAUGUCCCAGUGGCCCAAUCAGACCCUUGAUGACCAAAAGCUACCACGUGUGCUUUCUUCUAUUGCUGAGGAAGAACAUCACCUUGAAAAGCAAAGGAGUGACCUUCAACACAGCUUUGACAACCAGCUCUCUGGUAUUUUAGAAAAUGUUAAUGGAAAAAGGCAAGUUAACAGCUUUGGCGAUGAUGAAGAGCCAUGUACAUCUUCUGACAGUGAUGAAGAGGUGAUCAAACAAUUUGAGAUUUCUGUGUCCCGGUCCCAGAGUUUCCAUUCAGAAGCAUCUGAGAAAGGAAAGCAGGUGGGAUUGGAGCAGAAAUCAAAUUUCAGCCACCUGCUCUCUACCCAUGAGGAGGAUAACACAGAAGUAUCUGCCUGUGAAGAUUUGGAUGGACCCAGCCAGCGGAAUUAUUCUGAGAAUCUGUCCUACGGUGAAGAUGAUCCCGUUUCUGCCCAUUCCCAGUCCCCAUGUGAGGUGGGGAACACCGGGCACCAUGGUGCAUCUCCCCAAGAGACCAAAGUGCCUCACAGCCUCAGUCGCCAGUCUACAGAAGGCAGCUUGGAAUUGGAGACAGCCUUUAAUAACCGGGGGUUUGAAGACUCCUGUGCUACAGACAGCUCCUCCAUGUGGAGCCCAGAGGAACAGGAUGGGGCCAAUUUUCAGGUGCCAACGGGGGUCUUGGAGCCCAUCUCAAAAUGUGGUGACCUGGAUGUCAUCUUUGAAUAUAGAGCUUCCAGCCAGAAGUUCACAGUGACCAUUGUGAGAGCACAGGGUCUCCCAGACAAGGACCGAAGUGGUGUCAACUCCUGGCAAGUUCACGUAGUGCUGCUGCCCAGUAAGAAGCAGAGGGGCAGGACAAGCAUACAGAGAGGCCCCAACCCUGUCUUCAAGGAGAAGGUCACCUUCACCAAGCUGGAGCCCAGAGAUGUGGCUGCCUGCGCUAUCCGCUUCCGUCUAUAUGCUGCCCGCAAGAUGACCCGUGAGAGAAUGAUGGGAGAGAAGCUAUUCCAUCUCAGCCACCUGCACCCAGAAGGGGAAAUGAAAGUGACUCUCGUUCUGGAGCCAAGAAGUAAUAUCAGUAGUGGAGAGUCUCCGCUCAGCCCAUCUGCACUUUCUCACAGUGAUACUGCUUCCUCCACGCAGUCGCUUUCUCAUGGAGGGGCCCCGGAGCUGCUGGUGGGGCUGGCCUACAACGCCACAACGGGGCGAUUAUCCGUGGAAAUGAUCAAAGGCAGCCAUUUCCGAAACCUCGCUGUUAAUAGAGCGCCUGAUACAUAUGGAAAGCUCUUCCUCCUCAAUUCUGUUGGUCAAGAGAUGUCCCGCUGUAAGACGUCCAUUCGACGUGGUCAGCCCAAUCCUGUCUACAAGGAGACCUUUGUUUUCCAGGUGGCCCUCUUUCAGCUCUCUGAUGUCACACUGAUGAUUUCCAUUUAUAACAGGCGUACUAUGAAGCGUAAAGAGAUGAUCGGUUGGAUUGCUCUGGGCCAAAACAGUAGCGGAGAAGAGGAACAAGACCAUUGGGAGGAAAUGAAGGAAACCAAAGGCCAGCAAAUAUGCAGAUGGCACACCUUGCUCGAAUCCUAGUUUGGGCAACAGGAUUUGCAUGUGACAUCUGCCCUGGCGACCAGUGUUUUGACCACUGACACCAACUCAGCACAGGCUGGUAGGCGUUUUUAAAGAUAGGCUUACAAUUAGAGUCUACUAAACACUGGGACAUUCUGGGCAGGAUCAUUUGGGUCUCUCAAAGGUUUGAUUUGGAUUCAGAUAUUAUAAUUUAAAAAAAA